CGCUGGGCCUGGCUCCGGCCUGCCUUUGCUCGCGGCUCUCGCCUCGGCCGGCGGCCCCUUCCACUCGCCGGCCCCGGCAGGGUCUUCUCCCCCACCCGCCCACCACCCGCAGGGCCCGACCCCGCUCCUCCGGCGGGCCAUGUGAGGGGAGCCGGCUGACACCUCCCACAGAAAUGGAAGCAAACAACCAUUUUAAUUUCACUGGCCUUCCCUCUUCACCUGCUGCCUCAGGACUGAAACCUGCUCCUUCCUCAGGGGACAAUGUCUACACAAAUGGAUCUCCUAUGAACUUCCCCCAACAAGGCAAAAGUUUAAAUGGAGACAUGAAUGUUAAUGGCCUAACUACUGUAUCUAAUGCUAGUACUUCAGGGACCCGUUCCUCAAACAACUCUCACCUCCAUCAUCCCUAUGACUAUCUGUGGAAUUAUUCCCAGUAUCCCUCUGGCAAUGGCAACAAUCUCAAAGAUGGUCCACUGUUCUCCCAAUACCCAUUGAAUGGCACUGUUGAGAACAACCGGCAGAACUCACCUGGACAUAGCACCAGUCUGAGGGGAAGCAGUGGGCAAGAGUUCUGGGCCAACGGUACCCCAGGGACCAUGGGAUUAAAUUUUGACUCAGCAGAGCUCUAUGACUCUUUCCCUGAUGAUCAGAACUUUGAAAUCCUACAAAAUGGCCCAUCAAGCUUCUACACGUCAUCUCAGCCUUCUCCCAUGCUUGCUUCAGGGAAUCAGGACUUCUCACCACAGCAGGAUGAGCCAGGCAAUGAAGAGGCUGUAAAAGAACCACCAUCUACGGUUUCAGAAAAUGGCACCAGAUUGUUGGGCAGUAUGGAGCUGGAAAACGCACAGCCAGAGUUGAAAAUAUGUGGCUACAAUGGUUCUUCUCCAGUGGGUGAGCCUCUUAGCCAAGAGGCCUCUGUCUUGGAACCUGAUGCUGGAGCUGGUUGCCUUGAAGAUGCUUCUCGGAUCCCUCCUCCUCUGGAAGACUCUUUGGAGCCUUUUGAGUCCUUAGACAGAGACCCAGGGACAGGAGACUUAUAUGAAAUGGAUACAUCUGAACUUGUGAGUGGCAAGUCUCCGCUGGAGGAUCCUCCUGACAUUUCUGCCCUGGAUUGUCCUGGCAGUCCCUCUCUCAACCACUCUGACUCCUUCAGCCUAUUGGCAGAUGACAGUCAGCCUGAUACCUCUCUUUUUGGAAGUGCCAGUUUGCCUCCUGUUCUUGGAGAGUCAGUUUUGCAAGAGCUGACAGGUGUUAGUGAAGUAGGGCAAGAGGGCACAGAAUUUCUGGAUUCGCAGGCACCCCUUGAACCAGAAUCUCUAAAUGCCUCUUUAGAAGAAGCAGUCAAGAGCAGUGGUACAGACAAUCCUGUAUCUGAAAUAGACGGGGACAGCAAAGAAGCUUCACCACUAAAUGUAUCUGCCAAAAGUGAUGGUCCAAGAAGGCGAAUAGCCACAGUAGAAGAGGUGUACUACCCCUUGAAACAUGGAUGGCGAAGGGAGGUGCGCAUCAAGAAAGGGAACAAUCGAUGGCAGGGAGAAACUUGGUACUAUGGACCCUGUGGCAAAAGGAUGAAGCAGUUUCCAGAGGUGAUCAAGUAUCUGAGCAGAAAUGAUGGGCAGAACGUCCGCCGUGAACACUUCAGCUUCAGUCCCCGAAUGCCAGUGGGAGAUUUCUUUGAAGAGCAAGAUACAUCUGAGGGCGUGCAGUGGGUAAAAUUGUCACAUGAAGAAAUCCCUUCACGCAUCCAGGCCAUCACGGGUAAGCGUGGCCGCCCUCGAAAUAUGGAGAAAGCCAAGGCUAAGGAAAUGCCCAAAGUGAAACGUGGACGUGGCCGACCUCCCAAAGUGAAAGUGACUGAUCUGCUGAGCAAGACGGACGCCAGAGUUUUGAAAAAGCUGGAAACCCAAGAGGUUCUGAGUGAUGAAGAUAAGCUGAAGAUGACCAAGAUCAAGAAGAAAAUGAGACAAAAGGUACAAAAUAAGCAGAAGCAGGAAUCCAAGACCACAAAGCCCAAGGAGACCAAGUCUAAGGAACCAAAAAAGAAACCUAAGCCCCAAAUCAAGAAGGAGAAGAGCAAGCCAGAAAGGACCAAACCAGAGAAGCCAAAGGAGAAAGGGAAAUUGAAAGAAAAAGUAAAGCCCAAGGAUAAGAAAGCAGCACCAUCAGGGAAAGUUCCCCGGAAAGCUGAAAAGAAUCUCCUUGCUCAGCGUCGUCAGGAAGAACGGCAGCGGCAGCAAAUGAUUUUGGAGGAAAUGAAAAAGCCCACUGAGGAUAUGUGUUUAGGAGACCACCAGCCUCUGCCAGAAUUCUCUCGCAUUCCUGGAUUGGUUUUGCCCAGCCAAGCCUUCUCAGAUUGCUUAGCCAUUGUGGAAUUCCUACAUAACUAUGGCAAGGUGCUGGGCUUUGACGUAGCCAGGGAAGUUCCCAGUUUGAGUACCCUCCAAGAAGGCCUCUUCAACGUAGGAGAUAGUUUGGGUGAAGUGUUGGAUCUUCUGGUAAAGCUGGUGAAAGUUGCAUUGUAUGACCCUGGACUUCCUUCAUGCUGUCAGACUUUGAAGAUCCUUGGUGAAAAACUCACAGAAAUAAGCCUGAACCGUGACACUGUGUCUGAGGUCUUGCGCUGCUUCCUCAUAGCCUCUGGGGGGGAUGAAAGCCUGUGUGCCAGCCUGAGAACUAAACCCUUCCAGGCACUACCUCCGGAUAAAAAGGCUGCUAUCCUGGCCUUCUUGGUGAACGAGCUCAACAGCAGCACCCUUAUCAUCAACGAAAUUGACAAAACUCUGGAGAGCAUGUCCAACCAUAGGAGAAAUAAGUGGAUCAUUGAGGGAAAGUUGCGCAGAUUAAAGAUUGCUCUAGCUAAGAAGACUGGACGUCCUGAAUCAGAAAUCACUGGUUUGGAGGAAGGACGAUGGCGACGGAGCUCCCGCAUCAUUGAUGAAAAUGAGGACAAAGAAAUAGAAGAAGAGGAGAGAAGAAGAGCAUGCAAAACCCGGAGAGAGAGUGAAAACGAAAGUUUGAUUUCCAGCGUGCCAGAGCUAGAGAGGCAAAUUGAAAAAAUUUCCAAGCGCCAGAUGUUCUUUCGCAAAAAGCUGCUCCAUUCCUCACAAUUGUUACGCGCAUCAUCACUUGGGCAAGAUCGUUAUCGACGGCGGUAUUGGGUCCUGCCCCACCUAGGUGGGAUCUUUAUAGAAGGCUGUGAGGCCUCAGAAGCAGCGUCCCUCCCGGUGUCUAAGAACGCAUUGGAAAGGGGAGAGGCUCUGAAAGAGGAAGAACAUGAAGCACCGUCAAUCAAAAAGGAGAACACUGACGCACCCUCAGAUCCUGAUUAUAUGAACUGCACAACUUCAAGAUCGUGGAGUUGGCCGUGGAGAGGCAACGUAGGCAUGUCACCGCCAGAGCAUCUGGAAUCCAAGUUGCCAGAGCCCACACCCUUGUCUGUCAAUGGAUUUUUGGAAGAUCCAGUGUCCCUGGGCCAGUCUCAGCAUGACCUCAGUCAGUCAGCCUUUCUAUCUUGGCUCAGCCAAACACAGCAAGCCUCUUCGUUGUUUAACAGCUCUGUGCUCACCCCAGACAGUAGCCCUGGCAAAGGGGAUCAGUUACCCCCGGACGAACUGCCGGACUCUACAGCAGAUGAUGAAAGUAUCACAGAAACACAGGUGACCUGGUUCAAUUUGCUGCCUAGGACGCCAUGCAAUGACUCUUCGCUUGCUCCUUCCACCGAGCGACCCUCUCGAACGUCACAGCUCUGCAAGCCACCUACCAAGGACCCGUCCAAGACUUUAGCUCAGCAGCUGAAUGGCUAUUCCACCUCUAGCCCAGCAUUGCCACCACUGUCCUCUACUCCAUUGCAUUCCAGCUCCAGGGUUCACAGCACCUGCUCCAGAGCCAAGGAUAAUUCCAAAAAGACCCUUGAACCUUUGGGGCAGCCAAGGCGAAGGGGGCGACCCCCCACUAAACUUUUUAAACAAAUUGAGCAGAAAUAUUUGACACAGCUGACAGCACAGCCUAUACCUCCUGAGCUGCAGAGUGGCUGGUGGUGGUUGCAGGAUCCAGAGCAGCUGGAAGCUGUGGUGGAGGUACUACACCCACGAGGCAUCCGGGAGAAAGCCCUGCAUAAGCACCUUACCAAACACAAGGAUUACCUACGGGAUGUGUGUGCCCGAGCUGCCAAUGAUCCCAUCUUCCGGAUUCAUUCUGAGGUUGCCAGUCACCUUAUCUCUCAAGAAGCCCUUGUGCAGUGGUCCAUGUCUGAGCAUGCCCUUGAGAUGGACCUAUCGGUGCUUCAGUGGGUGGAAGAGCUUGAGCAGCGGGUACUCAUGGCUGAUCUGCAGAUUCGAGGCUGGACGAGCCCAGAUCCUGAUUCUGUUAGGAAAGACUUGCGGUACUGUGAACGUGAAGUAGAACUCCUGGAAGACAUCACCGUAAAAAACAGGCGAGAGGGACCUGCCCUGGAGCGUGAAUCUAACAACCCUCUGGAUCUUGCGGUGCUCCGUCUUGAAGACCUGGAGCAGAACUUGGAACGGAGAUACCUCAGAGAACCUCUCUGGCCUGCGCAUGAUGUAGUGGUAGAAAAAGCUUUGCUGAAUAACCCUGAUACCUUGGAGCAGGGUACCACAGAAAUACCAAUUGCCAGAUUUAAGAUUAUAGUGGGAUAUGAAAAGACAACACUGCUGAUGCAAGGGGGAUAUCAGGAUGAGUAUGGCUCUCCACGACGGGGAAAGAAGCGGAAAAGUGGUACUUCUGGGCCUUUUGGGGGAAAGGAAGAGCUCAGCCCUCGAUCUCGGGCAGCAGCCGCAGCCGCCUCCCAACAGCAUAGUGUCCUGGCAAAUACAUCCCCUCGCUACUCAGGAGAAGGCCUCUCUCCCUCCAAACGAAGAAGAGUGUCUCCCCGAGGCCAGAGUGCUGACCUGACCUUCUGCGAGAUCAUCUUGAUGGAGAUGGAAUCCCAUGAAGCUGCUUGGCCUUUUUUGGAGCCUGUUAACCCCCGGUUGGUGCCUGGCUACCGGAAGAUCAUCAAGAAUCCCAUGGACUUUGCCACCAUGAGGGCCCGGUUGUUGCGUGGUGGAUACAGCAGUUGUGAGGAGUUUGCUGCCGAUGCUGUCCUGGUGUUUGACAACUGCCGGACCUUUAAUGAAGAUGAGUCAGAGGUGGGCAAGGCGGGACUGGCCAUGCGCCAGUUUUUUGAGAGCCGGUGGGAGGAAUUUUAUCAGGGAAAACACGAGACAAACCCAUGAAGCUGGCAGAACGGGGAGAAGUGCAAGGAGCCAAAGGGGAAAGUGCCUCCCCUUUUACCCUGGGCUGCACACUUGUCUCUUCUGGAGCUCAUCUUGCUACCUGCUGAUUUAAUUUUUUCCCCUUCACAAUGACUGGACUUGGAUUGGCAUCUAACAUCACGCCUUGAUUCUCUUCACUCCAAGCAACACAAACUCUGACUGUAUAAGCCAAAUAAAAUAUAUAUAUCUU